UUAUCAUUAUCAGAUUGAAUUCUGUAUAAUAAAACAUUAAGUGAUAGAAGUUUUAGAUUUUCAUUUUUGUACAUAUGAUGGAGGAGGUAGAUAGUAUAAUUAUUCACUCGUUACGUCAAAUAGGCUGUGGUAUAAAAGAAGAAGUAACAAAUUUAAGUGGCUUUGAUACAGAAACAGUAGUAGAAGCAACUGUAAAAUGUUUAGAUGCAAUAAGACCAGGUCUUGGAUUGCAUACAACAUUGCCUCCGAACAUGGCAGCACGUUUUCGUUUAGGUGCAACAUUGGCACAAGCAUGUACGGAGCUUGGAUACAAAGGUGAUAUCGGUUAUCAAACAUUUCUCUACAGUUCGGAAAAUGAUUUAAGGAGGGUUUUAAUGUUUUUGAUUGAAAAAUUACCCAAGGAAAGUGAUAAAACUUUAAGCGAACCAACCAGUGAAAUUGCUUUGUUGGAAAAAUCUAUAGCGUCUGUUAUAUCCCAUAGUUUUUCCAUACCAUGGUUACCACACUUUUGUCAUAAAAAGGGAUUCAGAAACAGAGGAAGGGCAAAUGUACCUUAUAAAUCUGUAAAUAUAGAAGUAUCAACAUCCGAUACUGAAGAAGAGUAUCAAGAUUACUAUUUACAUUAUAUGCAACCAGUGCCUAAUCAAAUGCUAACUCAACAAUGUUUUUUACCUUCUAUUCUUUCACACAAUGCAAAAACAAUGCAUUCACAAUCGGUGAAUAUCAAAGAACAUAUCGAUUGGUUGAAUGCUCAACAAGAAAAAAUCAUACAAGUAUCUAAUCACAAUCAAUCAUUUAACAGAGUUACUUUGAAAGAAUCAACAGUAUCAAAGAAUUCUCAAUUGAAUGAGCCAGAUGUUCCAAACACUAAUGAUAAGAUUACAACAACAACAACUGAUGUGCCACAACAAGAACUCGUUUCUAAGAAAGAAGAGAUGCAAGACUUGCAAGUUGAAAAGAUAAAAGAGGAAUGUGAAAACUUUAAACACAAUAUAGAUAGUUUACAAGAGGAAAUAAAGAAAUUAACAGUACAAGUAACACAAGCAUCGUUGACUUAUCAAAACGAGGAAAAGGAAUUAAAAAUAAACAAGGAACAAAGAAAGAUUAAAGCUAAAGCUUAUGAAUUAUAUGAAAAUGGAGAAAAAAAUAUAGAAAAGUUAGAAACUGUUAUUGAAGGUAUUACAGAUAAAUUAUUAAAUUUAGCAAAUCAAUGGGAAAAACAUAGAAUGCCGUUAAUACAAAAAUAUCGAGAAGAAAGAGAAAAACAUUCGACAAAAGCUAGUGUAAGUCAAAAGAAACAGGAUGAAAUAAAACUACUGAAAGAAAAGGAAAAAGAACUUGAAGAAGAAUGCAGAAACAAAGAUCAAUUGUAUUCGCAAUUAGUGGUAGAAGUACAGAAACUUCCUAAAGAAAUAAACAGAUCUGCGUAUACCCAACGAAUUUUAGAAAUAAUAAACAAUGUUAGAAAACAAAGAGACGAGAUUAAUAAAGUAUUGGCGGAUACACGUGAAAUUCAAAAAGAAAUUAACACGCUUACAGGUCGUUUAGAAAGAUCAUUUACGGUAGUGGAUGAAUUAAUAUUUAGAGAUGCAAGGACAAAUGAAGCCUCGAGAAAAGCAUACAAAUUAUUGGCAACAUUACAUUCUGAUUGUAGUGAAUUGGUUAGUUUGGUAGAAGAAACAGGUGCUACAAUACGUGAAAUAAGAGAUUUGGAAGAACAGAUCGACACGGAAUCUGCUAAGAAUGUUGGUGCAAAUCUAGAAAGAAUAACUGCUGAUUUAAAACAAAUGAAACAAGAAACUGCUGCGUUAACUGCACAACUUCAAAAUCGAAAUUCAUGAUCAAAUUAUAAAUGCGAUAAUAUAUUAUAGCACACUCUCAUAAUCAUUAUAAAAAUACUAUAACAAAGUAAGAUUUGUUGACUAUCAAAUAUUAAUCAUGAAGAUAUCUUGUAUUUGAUAUUAACAUGAAAAAAUAUCUUUUACAGAAUAUUCGAGUGAAUAUUAUAUUAUUCAUUAAAUACAAGACUAAAUAUGGACAAAUACUUUUAUAGUUAUGUAAAAGCCUUGUAUACAAUUUUAAUAACUUUAGUGUUAUUUAAUGGAUGUAUUUAAUUGUAAAAGGAUGCUGUAAAAAAAUGUGCCUCAGUCUGGAGCACUUGAUAAAUUAAAAACUAUACAGCUUUCAAGUCUCAAAUAUACAAUGGAAUAAAAACAAAACACGUAUGCACAAGUGCUCUAAAAAUAUCCUUGUUACGGAGCCUAAUCUUUUUUUAGUAUAAUAAAAUAUUCAAUAAUAUAUAAGCAAGCUUUCGUAUUCCUUGAAAAAGAAUGUGUACGGUUUGAAACAAAAC